UAUGGCGUUCGAAGAUGUCCAAAAAUAUUACUUUGCAUACUUUGCAACUUGGGGUUUGGGGAUGUGCGCGUAAUUAUCAUACACCUGGUCAACAGGAUCCUUUCUACGCUCUCUACGUCAUGCACACGCUUAUAAAUGCAGAGCGACCGCUUAAUUCAGAACAUCAUUUUGCGAGAGAUUCGGCGAUGAUGGAAAAACACAAAUACACCGACAGCUCCAGACACGACCAGCAGAACAACAAUAACUAUACCUGCUACACCACCUGAAGAUAUACCUGAUGCUGGAGUGAGAAACACACACAGUCAAUGAUCUUAAACACUAUAAAGUAUGAAAGCACUAUAUGAUGCUGAAGUGAUGUACUCACCACUGACAGUCAGAAUGAAUCUCAAGUAUUCGGCUCUUCUGUCACCGCUGAUCUUUACUUUAUAAAGUCCAGUGUCUGUGAUUCUGGCGUCUGUGAUGUAUAAGAAUGCCGUCAUCUCCAAACCUCCACACUAUCAGAUCAUAUCUCUGUGUGUCAACAUCUUCCAUCAUCAGAUAGGCAGGAUCUCCUUCUGUUACCGACACCGUCUUUAAUUCACAUUUUUCCGCAUCGAUCACAUGUGGAGAAUCUACAAGAAACAAUUUCACAUACAGAAACUCAACUACUAAAUAAUACUUUUCGUGUCAACAGAAUCACGGUGUUACAGUUGAUCUACAGUGUAGAUUCACACGGAGCAUAUUACACACAUGCAGCUUGAACAGUUACACAGUAAAGUGUUGAUUAAGAGGCAGUAGUAGCAGAGCAAUAUUUGUCAGCAUAUGCAAGUACUUUGACAUAGUGACAUAAUUUCAUGCUUCAUAUUUCUAUUCAAAGCAAUAGGAAUUCACAAUCACAAACUAAAAAUACCUAUGUUUAAUAACCCAAACUACAAAAUUUCAGUCAUUAAAAAUAUUGUACAGUUUAUAAUGAACUUCUCUGGAGGAGGACAAGCUCUACUCUCAGCCAGUCUUGUCUCUUUGUUCCAAGGUUACCGCAGGAUGCAGUUCAUGCCCAGACCUGAUGGCAGAGCUAAGAAUGGGAAGCGGGGACCUGACAAGAGCUGAGAUGAUAGAGCUGGAUAAAGGACGCAGCAACUUGACACGAUUUUUCUACAACACUUCAAAUGCUAAUCUUAAAUCUAUAAUUUACUUUAUUAUGAAUUCCUUCACGCAGUCCAGUGACGUCACAUGCAAACAACCUAAGGAACUAUCAUGGGGAGAAGGGUCUGGCUGCAGACCAGAUGCACUCUCAGGCUAGAUGCACUGUCAGCGGCGCAUGCGCACUCCGACACAUGCACUGUCAGCGGCGCAUGCGCACUCCGACACAUGCAGUCUCAGCCGCGCAUGCGCAUUACAUCAAACUGUCAGACACGUGUGUGAAUUAAAUGCACCUACAGGCCAAUUGCAUGGAAAAUUGUUUGCUCACUAUACUGAGGAGUCCAAAGCCUUCCUUAGUGGUGAUCAGCAGCCUGUAUAUAGGUUGCAAAAAAGGAAGGUGGAAGAAAUCUCUCAGGAAGAGCCUUUUGACGGACAGGUAACUUCUCAGGUAGAUGAAACCAUUCUAUUCAACUGUGAGUAUGCAUCGGAGAAGCAGGUGGUUCAGUCUCCACGAAAAGAGCGUGUCAUGACGGAUCUUAAAACUGCCAGUCAGUGGUGCUUGGAGAACUCUGGGGAUCUUCUUGGCUCAGUUCAGCUUCCACUCAUAAUGUGCAUGGGGGAUGAUGAAGCUGCAGAGGCCUUGGAACAGUUCUUCACUAUAGAUGUCAUAGAACAUGAUAGUGUAGAGCCUCUGAUGUUUGUUUUUACUUUUAUGCAGGACAUGCAUACAUUUUUAGAAAAUGUGGUGGACAAAAUGCACCUUAGAGUCUUUUGUAGAGUACAAAAUUGA